AUGGUCUACGUUAUGGCACUGGAUUUCUUAUCCUUCCAAAGGGUACUACGUCUAUUCUUCCCAUUUAUGAAGAGACUGCCGGAUGUUGAAGAGUUGGCAGGGGUUUCUCAGGAAGUUGUGUUGCCAUCUAAGCUGCCACAACGCGAACUGCUUAUGGUUGGCAUGAGCGCCAAAACUUACCGCAUCCGAGACACAAUCAGAAAGGAAUGUCAUGUUCUUCCCGACGAUGUCGGCAUUACAGAGCAGAACAUGGAAGCAUGCCGUAAUGAAGCUGACGUCUACCUCAUUUUGGGAAAACACCCGCUCAUUGCCACAUGCUUGUCUAUUGGUCCCCAUAAGGACUACAUCGAUCUUGAAUACUAUCAAAAUGGCAAUCUUAAGCAAUAUGUCAACAGCAACCGUGCAAGCAUUACACAGGCCGACCUGGGCCUAUCAAAUGAUUGA